AUGGGCAAAACAUCGAAAGAUAAGCGCGAUAUUUACUAUCGACUGGCAAAAGAAGAAGGCUGGCGUGCUCGUAGCGCAUUCAAAUUGAUGCAAAUUGACGAUGAAUUCGACAUAUUUAAGGGCAGUAAUUCUUAUUCAUUACAAGAAGAUGUCCGUCAUGUUGUUGAUUUAUGUGCAGCCCCUGGUAGCUGGAGCCAAGUAUUAUCAAAAAAAAUUUAUUUUGCGGAAGAGGAUGAAGAGAAACGAAAAGAUAUACUUAUAGUCGCUGUGGAUCUUCAACCUAUGUCACCGCUUCCUGGUAUUAUCCAGCUUCAAGGCGAUAUUACAGAAAUUUCUACAGCUGAAAAAAUUAUGUCUCAUUUCAAAGGAGUUAAAGCUGACUUAGUGAUUUGUGAUGGUGCUCCCGAUGUCACGGGUCUUCAUGCAUUGGAUGAAUACAUGCAAAGUCAGCUCGUUUUAGCAGCGCUAAAUAUUGCAACAUUUGUUUUGAAAGAGAAAGGAACAUUUGUGGCAAAGAUAUUUCGUGCUCGUGAUAUAACAUUGCUUUAUGCCCAACUGAAGUUUUUUUUUGUCGAAGUUUAUUGUGCAAAGCCGCGAAGUAGCCGACAGAGUAGUUGUGAAGCAUUCGUCGUUUGCAAAAGUUUUAAGUUACCAGAUGGAUAUACACCAACAAUGAAAAAUCCAAUGCUCUGUGCAGAUUAUGAUGCUGAAGUAAACAGUUUGGUAGGACCUAAUCGCCUUCUCGUUCCUUUUCUUGCUUGCGGUGAUUUAUCUGGCUGGGAUUCAGAUAGAACAUACAAACUUGAAUUACCUAAUAUUUCUGGAAAAAGUGAACAGGAGAGGUAUGUAUACAGGCCUGUUGUACAGCCUCCCACAGAUCCUGCAUACAAGAAAGCAUGCGCUUUAAAGAAAAUCGGUAAACUUGCUAAACCUGAAAUAGCAGAUCCCUUCAUGAAAUAUGACAUAUCAACCUGGAAGACAACCAAGAAGAAGAAAGAUUCUGACUCUUCUGGUAAUUUGGGAAUUGAUGAUGAACUGGCUGAAGCUUUCUCUGAGUGUUUUGGUUUUAAUACUCAUUAA